UGUGUAUAUAAACACAUGUACUCCCACAUUAUUGUUUAAGCAAAUUCAUAAUUCUUCAUGGUAUCGGAGCCAUCUUCCUAAACCCAAAAACCCUAACCCUACCCGUGCUCUCUCCCUCUCGGCGUGCUCUCUUCCAGCGCCGCACACCACCCGCCGUCCUCCUCUCCUCGGCGGCAGCAGCAGCGCAGCACAGCCCCUCCCUUCCUCGGCGACGACAGCGCCCUCCCCUCUCAAUAUGGCUUCCUCUGAUAAACCCUCAGAAAACUCAACCUCUUCCUCCUCCUCGAAUGCUCCUCAUCUUGCCUUCACAACAAUCUCCAACGUCAAGCUUCAUGUCCCGAUUCAGCUAAGCUUUUCUCAGCCCAACUACAAAAAAUGGAGCCGGCUCUUUCUCCUCCUGGUGCGCCGAUUCACCCUCCACGGGUUUCUCUCAGGUUCUACUACUCCUUCUUCUGCCGAUGAUGAUGAAUGGUACCAACUUGACGCCCUGAUCCAAGGUUGGAUUCUCUCUACCAUCACUGACGAAGUCUCAGAUCUAGUUAUCUCCACCACCACCACCGCCGCUGAACUCUGGCGGGUUAUUCAUGCUCUCUUUCAUGACAACAAACAUGCUCGGGCGAUGCAACUCGAGCACCAGUUUCGAACCACCAUCAAGGGUUCGAUGACCAUGGCCACUUACUGUCAAACUUUGCGAAACAUUGCCGAUUGGUUGGAUGAUGUUGACGCUCCGGUCUCUGAGUCUCAACUUGUGCUUCAAAUGCUUCGUGGGCUACCCGACGAUCUCCAGGCUCAGACAUCGUUCUUGCAAUUCCAACAACCGCUGCCCACGUUCCUUCAGACCCGAUCCGCUCUCCUUCUCCUUGAACGGCAACGACAAACCAUUAUGGACGACGCUGGCACGGCGCUCAUGGCUGGCCGAACAGGCAGCUCACCAUACGGCGGCAGUAGCGGCGGUUUUGGGCGCAGCGGUGGGACGCCCGGCAGUGGACACAACGGCGGCAGCGACGGCGGUCACGGGCAGCAGGGGCGCAACUCCGGUCGCAGUGGAGGCGGCCGUGGACGUGGACGAGGAAGAAACUCUGCCAAGUCAUCCUAUGUACUUAACCACUCAAUCGACUCAAGUCCAAUUAUACGUGCUGCUGAAGUAAGAGACUCUCCUUCUCUUAUGCUUGAAGAUUCAGCCCAAGCCCAAGCUAAUCCUAAGUUGAGCCCAGUUAGAGAUGCUGCAGAAGUAAGAGAUUCUUCUCUCUUAUACAUGAAGGUUCAGCCCAAACUGGUUCUAAGUUGAGUCCGGGAAACUGUACCCGCCCGCAUGCUGAAGGCCCAAGUUCCUUUAGUCUCCUAGAAGUAUAUUCUUCUGAUAACAGUUUAGACAGCAACAAUAGCAAUAAUGGGAGUCAGAUUGAAGUUGGAUAAGUCAACCAUGCAUCGGAUUUAUUUAAGUAUAAAUUUAAUUGAAAUUU